AUGGUAGCAUCUUCGCCUCUGGCGGCCAUGCACCGCCCAAUGCCUACUCCUACAUGGAGAGGCAGAGACAUCUUCCGCUCCCAUUACGCCAGCAACUCUGCUCCGGGAUCUAUGAGCCUUCGCGAGCAACUUCACAAAGGCACAGGAGAUUUCCUCAACGUUAAAGAAGUCCGAGGUUCAUCUCCCGCUGUGAGCUUAGCUGCCGAUCUGUCCCAAAACUUCCGGCUUGAUAAUGAAGCGAGUCCCAAGUUCCCAACUCCUCGACGAGCUCUUUUCACGGCUAAUGUAGUUGGCGAUACUGGUGACAAUGAUUUUGUGACAACUCCUUCUGUGCUAUCUUCUUCGCCUAGUCAGUUUACGGAGAUGUCCCCUCUCCCUCGUAAGGUGACCUUCAGCGCCGUGGUUGAAGUUGCGUCGCCUACACCCAUUUCAUCCGCUGCCAAUGAUGCUGCUAUGCCGGACUCUUCGGCCCCCAAUUCCCGUCAAUCUUCUCCGGAACCAGUGAAGUCUCGCUCACGGCAAUCAUCGCUGGAGCCAACGAAGCCAAUUGCUUCCGAGCCAGCGCAGAUGCAAGCUCGACGCGGUCGAGGACUCGCUGACAUUCUGGCUGGCCGUAGAAUAGCGGGCCCAAGGCGGACGACUCCUAUUCGACUGAAGGCGCUUGCUAACACUGGCUCCCCUGCCUCCCCAAGCCCAUCAUUUCAAGUAGCAGCUAACAACUCAACUUUAUCUCUCGAUGAGUGCUUCGACUCAGAUUCCCCACCGCAGGACCGCAGCAGGCCUUUGUCAUCGCAUAGCCCCUGUUCUCCUAUUCCCAUUGGUCUUCGUUCGAGAUCCCAACUUGGAAGUCUCGGGGGGAAUAGUCGCCUUGGUUCGCCGGGCAACUUUCAUGCUAGAAGACAGUCAAACCCUUUUUUGAGAACCCGAAAGCAAUUUCGCAGGUCUUUGAGCAUGUUUGAGAGUCCUACCGAUAUCAUGAAACCAAAGCCUGAGAGGGGACUUGCUGCUUCUCCUAUACUAAAAUCUGUGGCCGAUAUUGAAGAAGCCCAUGAACCGACCAUCCCUCAUUUUCUUCCUGAUGACCCUACAGAUACGAUCCCUCGAAUCACAAAAGAGACGAUGCUGGAAAUCUUGGAUGGAAAAUAUAGCGACAAGUUUGCUCAGCGGAUGAUCAUUGACUGCCGCUUCGAGUACGAGUAUGAAGGCGGUCACAUCGAUGGUGCUGUCAACCACAACAAUAAAGAACUGCUGGCCGACCAACUCUUUCAGACACCUAUGGAUGGUUUGACUCUACUAAUAUUUCACUGUGAAUAUUCGGCCCAUCGAGCCCCUCUAAUGGCGCGUCAUAUUCGUUCUCAAGAUCGCACUAUUAACGCAGAGCACUACCCCCGCCUAACCUAUCCAGAAGUUUACAUCCUGGAUGGCGGUUACAGUGGUUUCUUUGCUGAACACCGAGCAAGGUGCUUCCCACCGGAAUACGUCGAAAUGUCUGAUGAAAAGCAUCAACGUACUUGCGAGAGAGAAAUGGGACGCUUAAAAGCUCGCAAGCCCUUCGGGCGCGCGCAAACCUUUGCAUUUGGCCAACGGGAAACAUGUCUCCACGAUUCCCCCACUGGCCCCCCUCGUCCUCAGUCACGAAAUAUUAAUAUAUCUUCCCCCCUCUCCAUCCCCGACUCACCUAUAUUUGGUGAGCGAUCAGGGACUCGGCGCAUGGUUUCCUAUUAA